AUGCGCUCCCCUCGCAUUUCUGUGUGUGGGUUUCUGUGGGUCUGGCUGCCCCUCUUCUACAGCCGGUCUGUGAAAAUCGACAAGGUGAUCGCCGACACUAAAAGCCUCACCAGGACGAUCGUUGCAAGGAUCCAGGAGCACCAGUUCCCUCCGCUGAGCCUGAAGAUCAACGGCCUGGACUUCAUCCCUGGGGAGCUGCCGGUGCAGAGCCUGGAGGCCAUGGACGAGGCUCUGGAGCUCUUCCACCAAGUCCUCUCCAACCUGCCCCUGGAGGCCCCCGUCGUCCAGAUCUCCCACGACGUGGAGAACCUCCAGAGCCUCCUGCAGCUGCUCGGCUCUCACCUGGGCUGCCCUCCGCACAGGCCCGCCCGCUCCGACGCCCUGCAGAACCUGACCGAGCGCCUGGCCGUCUCUCCCUACACCGCGGCGGUGGUGACCCUGGACCGCCUCCAGAAGUGCCUGCAGAGCAUCACCAAGCACCUCGACCACGUGCACAACUGCUAG